CUACCCGAGCGUUGCGGUGUGGACAUUUUCAGUCGCCAUUUCGUGUUGCAACGCCAUUUUCAAUUCCUCUUCCUUGUUUAUAUUUGAGUUUUAUCGACAAAUAAUCACCAGCACCGCCCUAAAAUUGGAUAACCGAUUACGUCAACGGCAAAACUUCACGAGUUCGCCGGUUGUGAUCAGUGAAACAAUUCGCAAAAAUGAUAGACGAUAAUUGAACAAAAGACCAUCUCCAUAUUUUUUCUAAUAAAUAAAAAGAAAUAAAAUCCAACGAAAAUGAAGAUAGCGCAACACAAUUGUUGAGAGCUAAACAGCUCGUAAUAACUUCGUCCUAACUUUCAAUGCUGAACUAUAGACUGGUGUCAACGCAUUUUCUGAAGCAACCGUAAAUUUGCAAACCGCAAAGACUUUGUACAGACUGUGUGUGUCGUGCCAGCAUGUGCAGAGAUCGCGAUAUGUCGGUGCAACGUAGCGACAUCGUCAAAUAAAUCGGCACAGCCUAUUCACAGUUUUCCGUCAAAACGGCGCGCGUUUACGCGACACCGUUUCGUUUUGUUUCUUUCAAUUUGUUUUAUAUCAAAGGUUAAGCAAUAGCCCGGGUGUAAGUGUUAGUUCUCUUCGUUAGGAGGGUCUCGGAGAGCUUCGGGACCCAGCAGUACCCUGGCCAAUCAGAGUCGGCACAACAUAUCCAGAUUCUUCGACUCUUUAGUGGAAGCUGCUAGAUAUUGCAUUAGUCGCGUUACGGCUGAAUCCGUUUUGGAUAUUCAAAAGUUUCUUUACUUUAAAAUCAGAAGUUAACAUGGUUCUAUCGAGACUCCUGCUGGAGCAGCAGGGUUACGGGCACGAUUCCGAGUGCUCGAGCCAGCGUCGGGUUGUAAUAUCUGGACUCGGGUGGCGUGCGCAGUGCUGCGAGCGGAGCGAGGCCGAGAAAGAGAGGGAAGAUAUGGCGGCGCCCGAGUGCGAGCGGGAGGCGCGCAAGCGACGCGAGCGCAGGGACUCUGGCUGCGCGCACGAGCGAAAGGAGCGCAGGCCGCAUAGCGAGGAGCGCCCGCCUCCGCCACCGCCUCCGCCUCCGCUACACGACUAUAACCGCCUUGAGUCGGAACGCCGUGCGGAGCGGUUGUCCCGCGCACGCCGGCCGCAACACGGCGUCAAGCGGCGCCGCGCCACGGCGCGCGUGCCCCGCCAGCCCAAGGAGAACGACUGCAGCGUACACGCCGAUGACAUUCGCAGCGGCACUCCGCCACACUUCGAAUAUGUUGUGCAGCAGAAACCAGAGAUAUGCGAGGAGACGGAGACCUCGCCCCUGGACGGCAGCGCUCGUCACGAGGAAGCCGAGCGAGCGCGCCGCGGCGAACGCAACGAGCCGCAGCGCCGCGCCCAACCGAGCCCUGACCGGCGCCUCGACAAGAUCAUCAAGAAGAUCAACACUCUAAAGAAAAGCAUCACCAAGUAUGAAACCGAGUUCGAGUCCCAAAACGGUCAUCCAGUGACCCCCGGCGACCGCAUGACAGACGCGCAACUAAUUCGCAUGUACGAAGCGCUCAGGCGGUUGCAGGCCGAAAAGCGCUGCAUCAAAGCGGACCCCGUGGAGUAUGCGCUAAAAGUUCAAGCGGCCAAGGUGCAGAAGGAGAGAGACGACAAGUUGGAUGCAGCGCUGAAAAGUGAUAAGCCCAUGACUGAUGUCGUGAAGGAUAUUGAGGAAGUUCGUAUUAUGAAAGAAUUUUGUAGUGAAUUGUGGGUGGACGGGUGUCGCGCGGCGACGGGUCGCGCGAGCGUGCCCGAGAGCAGCUGGUCGCCGGCGCAGCUCGCGGCGGAGAAGUCGUGCGUGCAGCGCGCGCUGCUGCGGCUGGAGGCGGCGCGCGGCCGGCCCCCCGCGCACUCGGCGGAGCGCGGCGCGGCCCGCCAUCUGUACGAGCGGUACCGACUCGUCAAACGGGCUCUGGCGACCUUCAGAUCUGAUGUUCUGAUUGGCGGAACAAACGGCGAGCUGGCGACCAUACACGAGCACGAAGCCAUGCUGUUCAACAGCAGCGUGGACAGCUCCAGCGACUCGCAGGAGAAGCCUUCUGACUCUUCGCAGGAAACCAUAGAAACUCCCCUCCAGUCGCCUCCAACGCGCGAGGUUUUGGAGGAGAUGCCGUCAUCCACUUCGUCUGCGAAGUCGGCCACUACCAGCGAAGAAGUCACGCCUUCCAACGAGGGCCUGCACUGUAUGGGGCUGGAGGACCUCACUCGAGCACUCUCAGAGGCCAAAACGCUUAAAUGUGUACUUCGGCGCAGUAUCAAAGAGUACGAGGUGAACUUCGAGCUACUCAACAGCAGGAAGGCUCAGCGCGACGACAAGCUGGGCCGAGAGGAGGAGUACAAGAAAUACAAAACCGUUAAAGCAAAAAUUAAACUCAUCAACGCCUUGAUCAAUAAACAGAAGUCAGCCACUUGAAUGACCAAAAUGUUUUGUGCUGUAUAUUACAAAAUACGCUGAUGACAUUUAUCUUUUCAUAUAAAUUUAAAGUCUAUAAUUAUUAAUAAUGCUCUGGAUUGAUAACGAAAAUGGGAAUAUUCUGAAAAAGGUUUUGUUUAGUAAAUUAGUAAAUAAGACCAAUGAAAUGAAGUCAUAAAUGUUUUUAUUUUUUAACACAGCAAAAAAUAUUUCCUUAUUUUUGUUAUUUCUUCAAAGCGCCUCAAAAUGGUUUUCUAUUUAUAUAGGCUGAUAUUUUGAGACUGCCAUAAUGGUCUAAGCUGGCAUAUGACAGUUUCCAAAAAAAAAAAUAUGUCGACAAUUCAACUGAGAUUUUUUUUUAGAUUAUAUUAUUUAAUCGUCUCAAAAACUCACUCUAUGUAAAUAAUAGUUACAUACUAAUUAAUUAUAUUAUAUUAUAAUUAUUAUAAGGAAAAUUGGAAAUGGUGGACAUAACAUUAUUUUAGCAUUAUGUAGAAUGUUAAAAUUGCAAAUUAUAUAAAGUGAUAAGUAAUUUCAUAAUACCUUUUGUUUGUGCUGUUCAAUACUUACCUAAAUUGGAAGUGUUAAUCGAAUUUAGUUGUAAAAUAAUACUAUGGUAGCCAACUAAGAGAGACAUCCUGUAUAAAGCGAUUAUUUCAAAACCAUUUUAGCACUUAUUUAAGAUUUUAUUAAACGACGUAAAACUUGUAGAAAUUCGUCAAAUUAGAAAUAAAAAGAACUGCAACCCGACUACGGUUCUGGCAAUGUUUAACCAAUAACAUAAUUUUUUAUCUCCGUAGUCAGGUAUGUACGUAUAAAGAUUAUCAGUAUGUACGAGUAAAAAUAAUAAAAGAUUUUAUGUUCGUACACCAAUUUCAAAGUGUACAAAAGAAUGGACAAAUUGAAUUUUUUUUAUAUAUGUUAUUUAUAAUAUUCUUCCCAUUCGGUUUAAGAUUGUCUGCGCAAUGAACAAUUUUUGCAUCUACCAGUAGUAUCUAUUUACCUAUGUAAUUGUAAAUGCAUGUUAACUUAUUGUUUAGUAUUUAUUUAUUUCAUAUUAUUAUGAAGGAGUUAGAUGGAAAGUGGACAAAAGCUAUCAAACUGAAAACCACAUUGAAAAUUAUGUGCGUAGACUUAAUCUACGCUUCCUUUAACUACUAACAGGCGUCGCAGCUCGCAUUUACGUAUAUAUGUAUAGUCGAAUGCAAUAUUUAUGACAUCUCCGAAAUGAGCUACGGUCUCAGACUAAUUACCUAAGGACUACUAGUAGUAUCGCAAGUAAAUUCACGAUCAAAAUUGUCUGUAAUUUUUUGUGGAAAACGAACAUUAGGUAUCUUAUAUUAGAAAUUGUUGACCGUUUUUUCACAUCAUUCAACUACACAAAAGGCGAUAUUUUGAAGUCCACCGCUAUUGGUCGAACUUUGUAUUUGUUUUAUCUCGAGAUACGAGUAUGUCGUGGUACAGACCUGCAGUUUUAACUAAACAGUCGAACUGUUUAGUUAUAUUGUCCGUAUGUAGUGUCCGUCAGUUUUGACUGUAUUUUCUUUCAAAUGGUUUUGAUUGAAAUUUCGAUUAGAUAAAAUUUAACGUCUGUAACGCCGGUUAGGUCUACUGAUCUCCCACCAGUUGUGUUGUUCCUUCAGACUAUGAGAGUUAGGAAAAAAAUUGUACCUGUAUAAACUUAUAUAUCUCUUUCGGAAAUGGCUAGAGAUUUGCCAGCGUUACCGAAAUUUGGACAAAAAUACGUCACCCAUGGAGUUUUGUAAUUUGUAGUAUUAGUUUAGUAAUAUCUUAUAUACCUAGGAAUUAGGUAACAUUCUUUAAAAUAUAACACAUGAAAAAAAAAACAAAAUUUAGCAAAAAUCGGUCAGUGCGCAGAAAAACCAUUUAAAGACAUUUUCGUUAACUUCGGUACCUACUUUUCUCAGAGAGAAAAUGUGUAUUUUAAACGUGUAUAGUCAUAAGUAAAAUUACCUGUGAUUUAUAAAUUAUUAUCUUAGUAAUUCUUGUACGACAAGACUUUGUUUAGAGUUACAUAUAUGCCUAUUAAUAAUAUAUUGUAUUGUGUAUUCUAUUUUGAUUAUAUUUUAAUAAUUAUUACUUAAUUAUAUAAUAAUUAUUAUUAGUUUAAUGCAAAAUAUAUCACAUAUAUACUCAGAAGCACAAUUAUCCGCCCUCUUUAAUAUGACGCGAGUAUAUUAAGUGGACGGAUAAUUUUGCCUUUGAGUAUAUAUUAGGUCGCCGAGGCAUGUUCUCGCUACAGUUAAUACUUGGAGUAAAAAUUACUACAUAAAAUCGAUUCAUAUUUAAAUAUCUAAUCUAAAAUCAUUUAUAUAUACCUACCUUCAGGUAUAACUUUAGCCUGAAUGUGCCUUAAUGAGGAAAAUUAUAAUUUUGCGAAAUUGGCUGUUUUUCGGAGGGAAACCCAUUACCCAUAACGAUGUUAUUGUCGUCCAAUUCAUUUGUUCUAUUAUAUCAAUAAUUUUAAUUAAUUCGUAGAGAUUACACGGAAGUAACUAACUAGUUUUAAAUAACGAACCGUCAAGUUAAUCGCAAUUGCCAAAGUUACAAAAAGUAUUAAAAAGUUAAAAUUUUACGCUGACAAGUGUUCUCAGCUAGUGUCGACGAUAGAUAUGACUGGCGUCAAAGUGACGUCUGAUGUCAGCACGUCAAAGUGACAACUUUGCGUCAAUGACAAGUCACUUCUCGCUCUGCUUCACUGACGCGUCAGUGACGAAGACGCUAGCUGCCUGGUGUCCUUUUUAUAUGACAAAACAUCGACUGGCUAAGUCUGUGCCGAGGAUAAUAUUAUAUUAUACUAUGAACCUACCUAUCACAUUUACAGCAAUAUAGAUAAUAUACAAAAACAUAUGUAGCAUUUCAUCAAUUUUAUUAUUGGAUGUUUAAAAUAAAAACAUUACCAUCA